UCCGCUCUUUGUGCCGCCCGCAUUGGGGCCGCGCCACUCCGGGCCCUACGACUCUCGCGCGGAACUCUGCGCCGCGCUCUUGAGGAGUCGAUUUAUUGUCGUUUGUUGUUGUUGUUUUUGUCGUCGUUCCCCCCCCCACAUUCCUGAACACCUUCCUUCGUUCAUCAUCUCAUCCGUCGUUCACUUCAUGCCGAGCAGCUCCGGUAGCGACACGAUGUCCCAGGAAGAACGCGUGCGGGUCAAGGCGUAUUACAACGGGGACGUGCUGAUCACGCACGUGCGGCCCGGCACGAGCUUCCCGGGCCUGUGCGGCGACGUGCGGGAGAUGUGCUCCUUCGACAGCGAGCAGCUCUUCACGAUGAAGUGGAUCGACGAGGAGGGCGACCCCUGCACCAUCUCGUCGCAGAUAGAGCUGGAGGAAGCUUUCCGUCUCUACGAGAUCAACAAGGACUCGGAGCUCAUCAUCCACGUAUUCCCAACGAUCCCAGAGAGACCAGGAAUGCCGUGUCCAGGAGAAGACAAGUCAAUCUACCGGCGCGGGGCGCGGCGCUGGAGGAAGCUCUACCUUGUGAACGGGCACACCUUCCAGGCAAAGCGAUUCAACCGGCGUGCGUUUUGCGCCUACUGCACCGACCGCAUUUGGGGGCUGGGCCGGCAGGGCUACAAGUGCAUCAACUGCAAGCUGCUGGUGCACAAGCGAUGCCACAAGCUGGUGGCAGUGGAGUGUGGCAGGAACAUGGAGCCCACGACGCUACCGAGCCCUCACCAGCACGGCAACCAGGACAGCGUGCACUCUGACGACAUCGAGAACAUCCCGCCGGGAGAGGGCAGCACAGACUUGCCCUACAGGCUGCCAAACAUCGGCAAACCAGAAGAGCCUCCGCAGGGCGGGAGGCAGGCGCACGCAGGCCUGGGCCUGCCGGACUUCGAUCUGAUCCGCGUGAUCGGGAGAGGCAGCUACGCCAAGGUGCUGCUCGUGCGGCUCAAGCAGACCCAGAGGAUCUACGCCAUGAAGGUCGUCAAGAAGGAGCUCGUCAACGAUGACGAGGACAUAGACUGGGUGCAGACGGAGAAGCACGUGUUUGAGCAGGCCUCCAACCACCCGUUCCUCGUGGGCCUCCACUCCUGCUUCCAGACGGACAGCCGGCUCUUUUUCGUCAUUGAGUACGUCAACGGUGGAGAUCUGAUGUUCCACAUGCAGCGACAGCGCAAGCUUCCCGAGGAGCAUGCCCGGUUCUACGCGGCUGAGAUCUCGCUUGCGCUCAACUUCCUGCACGAGCGCGGGGUCGUGUACCGUGACCUCAAGCUGGACAACGUGCUGCUCGACUCGGAGGGGCACAUCAAGCUCACCGACUACGGCAUGUGCAAGGAGGGUCUGAGACCGGGAGACACGACCAGCACCUUCUGCGGGACGCCCAACUACAUCGCCCCCGAAAUCCUGCGCGGGGAGGAGUACGGGUUCAGCGUGGACUGGUGGGCGCUGGGUGUGCUCAUGUUCGAGAUGAUGGCGGGCCGCUCGCCCUUCGAUAUCGUGGGGAUGAUGGACAACCCGGACCAAAACUCAGAGGACUACCUCUUCCAAGUGAUUCUGGAGAAGCAGAUCAGGAUCCCGAGGUCCCUCUCGGUGAAGGCGGCCAACGUGCUCAAGGGAUUCCUCGACAAGGACCCCCGGGAGAGACUUGGCUGUCAUCCCCAGACGGGUUUCGCUGAUAUUCAGAGCCACGCGUUCUUCCGCACGAUUGCGUGGGACAUGCUGGAACAGAAGCAGGUGAUUCCUCCCUUCAAGCCUCACAUUGCGGGAGACUUUGGCCUCGACAACUUUGACAGCCAGUUCACCACGGAGCCCGUGCACUUCACCCCCGACGACGAGAGCGUACUGCAAAAGAUUGACCAGACAGAGUUCGAGGGCUUCGAGUACAUCAACCCCCUGCUCAUGUCCACCGAGGAGUGCGUCUGAGCCUCUUCCUCCUCGUCCACCUCCUUGUCCUCCAGGCCUACCAUCCAAUCUCACCUCUAGCCGCACUCCACCAAUCAGCUGUGCCACAGGAGGCCGGAAUCCCCCCACGUCUGCCGACAAUGCAGUUGUACAUUCCAGGUUGUCACGCGCUCAACACCUCCCCCCCCACCUCCUGCUGUUUGGAAUCUCCCAGAUUUGUAACCGGUGCUGUGUGCACCGCUAGUGACGGAUGCAGCGAAACUCACGACAGGGUGAUGCCACUUCUCCCAACGCUUUGCCAUACCCCCCCCCACCUCGUCCGCCCCCUUGCCGUUCAGUUAUACUUCAAUGGUACAUUCCACCCUGCAAGUUACCUCCUGCGAAGUCUCCCGUGGACGUUGGGUGCGGUGGGCUACCUUGGAAUGUUCCACUUUGAUACGUGGAGGGGAUGUGAAGCUGGAAGGCGUUUCUCUCUCUCUCCCGCAGCCUGAUUGCGAUGAGUGAUGCCGAUGUGACCGAGCGAGCGUGUGUCGAAGUGUGCAUGUGCGUGCGAGCGAUGCGUGGGUACGUGUGUAGCGUAGAGUGGUGGCGCAGUGGUUAGCGCGACCGCGCUAGGAACUCGGCGACCCGAGUUCGAUUACGCACUCUCACGGCCAAUUGGGUCAAAUAUCCAGAACCGGUCCUGCGCCUUUCCUUAGGUCAACUCAGCCUUCAUGAGUACCUGGUGCAGUGUGUAACAAAACAUCAGCACUGGGGAAACAAAGACGGCCCGGCGCGGUGCUGGCCAAUCACCUUCCUCGUGUGCUGUGCGAGCCUUCGUAGGUGCUCGCAAACAGCCUUGGUAGGCGACACGGGGAUGUUUGUUGUAUUUGUUGUUUGUGUGUAUGUAUGUGUGUGAAUGUUAUGGUUUGUUUGAGAGCACACAUACAUAUAUAUGAGUGCAGAGCGGUGGUGCCGGCGGUCAACGCGUUCCACCACACACCGUGUAACGUGGGCUCGACAACAGGCCGAUGAUCACAUCGAUGACGUGUGGUCACCGAACCUUGUCUUGGGACUCCUCUAGGUUGACUUGGCCUUAAUUAAAUAUUCAGUGCAUUUGUGUGAACAUCGGCACUGCAGAGAUGAGGGUAGCUGGGUGUGGUGCUGGCCACACCCCACCCCCCUUGUGUUCUGUGAUGGUCUUAAUAGGUGCUCGCUAACAACACUUGCCACAAUAGUCUGAAGAAGGCUAUGUGGGGGAGAUCUUUGUCUCGUUU